GGAUCUGUGGCGGUGUGUUUGGCUUUGGUCGUUUGGCUUUGGUCUUGUUGUUGGCUUUGGUCUUGCUGUUGGCUUUGGUCUUGGUCGUUUGUCAUUCCUCCUAUCGAUUCGCUCUUGUUGUGUCUUGGCUCGCUUUCGGGUGCAGCCCGCAGUCCCCCGAAUCGCAUUUGAAGCCGUCGAUCCCCCUCUCGGCUGCACUUCUCCUGCCACAUCCUGCCCUCCAACUCGCCCUCCAACUCUCCCUCGAUCUAUCUGCCUCAUACGCCGCCUGUCAAACCACCCUCUGCCGCUUCACAGAUGCGCUUCACCAGCUGCAUCCUCCUUCUCCAGGCGCUGCUCCUGGCCAAUACGGCUCAGGCUCAAAGCAACAACAGCACCAACAACGGCACCAACGCCCUGACACAGUGCCAGCAGAGUAUUGUCCAGCAACUGACCAACAUCUUUGAAAACUCUGUCAAGUAUUUCCCCUGGGACUACUGCGAGAACAUUGGCGAUGGCCGAGGAUACACAUGCGGCAUUGUGGGAUUCACAACCGGCACCCACGAUGCUCUCCAGGUUAUCUCGGCAUAUGCCGCCCAGCUCAACUCGAGCACCCCCAAUCCGUUCGGCCCGUAUAUGAGUCGGCUCAUCCAGCUGAACCAGUCCACGAUCGAUGGCUCCACCAGCGGUCUGGACGGCUUCUGCAACGUCUGGAGCACGACGGCCCGCAGCGACCAGCUCUUCCGGACGGUCCAAGUCGACAUGGUCAACCAACUCUACUACAACCCAGCGAUGGCCUAUGCCGCACGCAACGGACUGCAGUUCGAGCUGUCCAAGGGGCAGAUGUAUGAUGCGGCGAUCCAGCACGGAACAGCCUUGAGUGAGGCCGAUAGCCUCCCGUCCAUGAUCGACCGCACGACCGCCAGCUUCAAGUCGGGGCCCAACAGCGUUCCCGGCGGCCUGAGCGAGGUCGACUGGCUGACAGCCUUCAUGAACGUCAGAAUAGAAACGCUGCAGAACCCUGCCUACAAGCCGUCGCAGGCCGGAUGGUCCCAAAGCAUAUACCGGGUCAAGUCCUACCAAUAUGCCCUCAGCCAGGGCUCGGUCCAUUUCAACGAUUCCCUGACGGCCCUCGACAACGACGGCAACACCGUCUCCAUCGGCUGCGACUUGACCCUGUGGAACUAUGUCGGCCCGCCGCUGCCGAUACAGACUCCCAAGAAGGGCAUUCUCAUCGGCGUCUUGAUCGGCGUCGGCGUCCUGGUUCUGCUCAUCGUGACCUUCUGUAUCAUCAAACGCCGACUUGUCGCCGAAUGGGUUUCGGAGCUGUCGUACCGGUCCAAGAGAGCCAUCUCUCGGAUGUCACGAUAGGCCCUGACGAAGGCCGAGAGGACCGAUCGAUGCUUCCUGUGAACCAUCGCCGGGGCUUAGUGUUCGUAUCGCCGGGGCUUGGUGUUCCUAUAUCCUCGGUCUCGAUUAUGUAACUAUCAUGUCGCCACUGGGCAAUGCAAUCUGGAAUAUCCCAUAAGCGAUCGCUUGAGCCGCUCGACGAACCACAUCCAGAGAGAUUCAGGUCCGGCUCGACUGGCCAGAGACGCACGGCGCUGCUGGCCCACCACCGAGUACACUUUAUUCAGAAAAAAACGGGACAAUAUAGCCGUUUCCAUGAACAUGUAGUAUGUGCUGUGCUUGCGUCAAGC